CUAAAUUAUCGAUAGAUUUAUUGUUUCAGAUGGAGGAGGAGAAACACCACCACCACCACCUGUUCCACCACAAGGACAAGGCGGAGGAGGGCCCCGUCGACUACGAAAAAGAAAUCAAACACCAUAAACAUCUCGAGCAAAUCGGUAAACUUGGCACUGUUGCUGCCGGUGCCUACGCCUUGCAUGAGAAACAUGAGGCAAAGAAAGAUCCAGAACAUGCACACAAACACAAGAUAGAGGAAGAGAUAGCAGCAGCUGCUGCAGUUGGGGCAGGUGGAUUUGCAUUCCAUGAGCAUCAUGAGAAAAAAGAUGCCAAGAAAGAAGAAAAAAAAGCUGAGGGGGGACACCACCAUCUCUUCUAAAUUGUUAUUUUAGUUACAUUUUUAAUAUUCGUGGAAUUUCCAUAUUUGGUAUAAGUGUUGUGUCAUCUUAUCAUAUAUCGUGCAUAAUAACAAUAAAUUUAGUGUGAUAUUAUAAAUGGAUCGAGUUAAAAAAAAAGAGCAAAAGUCAAAAUAUAUUUUACCAAUCUCGUGUGAUGUAAAGAAGGAUGUAUUGUGAUUUCCAAAAUGAUCAUGUGUGUUUUGGACUUUCCUCGCAAUCUUCUGUUGAAUUACCUUGUAAAAUGUUGCUUUUUUAAGUGGUGUAAUAAAUAAUGAGUUUUCUAGUGAAUGGAUUUGUUUGAUUUCCUAAA